AUGUCUAAAGUCUGUGACACCUGUGGUGAUUCCAUUCUUGAAGAGCAGACGUUCUACCACUGCACUGUCUGCCGCCUCGGUGACUUCGACAUAUGUGAGAGAUGCUACUCGGAGGACAAGCGAUGCGGUGAUGAGCAUCACUUCCUUCUCCACCACAGAAUACGGGGAGAUACUGUUGUUGAUGCCAAUACCGGCAAUUUGAUCCAUUACUUUACCUUGGGUAACUGCCCCGGAUGCAUUUGGGAGAAGAAUGGAAAGCUCCGCGACGACGACACUCCUUUCCACUACGAGCCAUUCCCAAAUGAGUCGUAUAUCAGAGUCAUUGAUCUCUUUCCCGGUCCGGAUGACGAGCCCCUGCGGUACUCGCUGCACUACACUCGGCUAGAUUCGCUCUCGGGGGCUCAGUACAUUGCCGUCAGCUACGUAUGUGGUGAUGUGAGCGUCAAGGUACCUUCCUACUGCAAUGGCAAGAGACUCGACAUCUACGCAACGCUUGACAAGGCUCUGCGCAAAUGGAGGCGCAUUGAGAAACAGAACUGGCUUCGAAUCUGGGCGGAUGCUAUUUCCAUUCGACAGGACGAUAAUCAAGAGAAAUCUGCCCAGGUGGCUAAUAUGCACGAAAUAUACCGCCAUGCGAAUCAGGUUUUCGUUGAUUUGGGUGAUCCACCAGAGGGACUUGAUGUCGCCGUGGAGCUGAUCCGAGGUGCAUCCAAGAGCUUUCGAGACGCAAACAAGACUCAAAUGCAGCCGGACAAGCUUGAGCCAGGUCCAAUCCAUUCACAGCGGCUCCCGAAGACUGAGGUCACUGUGGACCAGGCUCUUGCACUAACUCGGUUCUCUGAGCUGGCUUGGUUUAGGCGCUUAUGGGUGGUUCAAGAAGUCUGCCUGUGGGAUGUACACAAAGCUUUCCCGCCGGUGUUUCUCUGCGGUGACCACAGAAUAGAAUGGAUUGACCUUAUCAAUGCAUCAACGCGAUUCGGUGUGGCUCCACUACAAAUCAUUGAUGACCCUGCCGUUGUGAUUCCUGAGCUCAGAGGCGCCUAUAUCGAGGGCACAGGCUGGAACCCGGUUGCCGUUGCGAUCUUCCUGGAGUAUUAUAAGAUCCAAUCAAAACAAGGCCCUGCUCAGAACUUACAUUGGUUCCUUCAAAGAUCGUGGAAGCAGGAAUCGACAAAUCCUGCUGACAAAGUCUAUGGAUUGCUCGGCCUCGUCAAAGGACAGUACGCCGUUAUUCACUCAAGGAUACCUACCGCAAAGAUGCAGCAGAAUGUACGGAAGCUUGAUGGUAAAAGAGAGAUUCGGGUUGAUUACGACCUGCCGUUACCGGAGAUCUACGAAGCGAUAGCACGACUUACAUUAGCGGAGGAAAACUCUCUUAACAUGCUCGCCGACGCAGGUUCGGGCAAGUCAAGGAAACAACCUCAUUUACCUUCGUGGAUACCCGACUGGAGCAGCUACCCCAAAGAGCCAGCAUUGAUAAUAUCAUUUGGAUUAGCAUCCACCGCGAACUAUCGUGCUUCUCUGGAAACGAAACCUGUACUGCCCACGGAAUUUGCUUCUGGACUGCUUGAGGUUGAUGCAUAUUUUGCAGACAGGGUGCUCAUAGAAGCUGCCCGAUCUGCUGGGGAGACCGACGUUAUUGAAGUGUCUGGGGCGAUCGCAUUGCCAGAGCAUCGCAUCAUCGGCGUAAAGCAUUACAUCUUGAGUCUGUGGUGGUGUUUUGGAGUCAAGUUCAACACCUACCCAACAGGACAACGUCCGUUUGAUGUCUUCUGGCGUACGCUGAUUGCAAACAGAGUCAUAUCGGGCAAGCAGCUGGUUGUACCAUCGGCGGCAUUUGCGGAAAGCUUCCUCCUGGCUUAUCCUGAGAUUCUCGAGGUUGAGAUCAAGGACGAAAAGCCCGCGUGCAUCUGUCCUGAGUGGGCCAUCACGGAUCAUCAAAAUCAAGUCACCUCGGGCAGAUCAGAAGAUUGCAAGAAUGAUGGCUGCAGAGAGGAGAAGAUUACUCCCAUUCGAGAUAGAUAUCCCCGCCCAGGUGAAUUCUUUGGGAACGAGCAACCAGCGUAUGGAGAGCAUUUCAACGAAGCUCUUCGACUAUCAACAAUUGGUCGCAAAUUUUUCAGGACGAGGAAGGGCUACAUGGGGAUAGGACCAAAGAACCUCACUCGAGGUGACCAUAUCGUCAUCUUAAAAGGAGGUUCGUUGCCCUUUGUGCUGAGGAAAGCGAAUGCUGGCGAAGUUGAUGGAAAGCCUAUCUUCACCCUGCUUGGGGAGGCGUACGUGCACGGACUCUCCGAAGGAGAGAUAUUCCAAGAUUGCAAGGAUCCCCAAAAUGACCCCAACUGGACGAGGGUCAUACUGAACUAG